UGAGAGAGGGGUGUCAGAGUGAGGGAGAGCUGGUUUGAUUUCAGUGGGAGGGGGGGAAGAGAGCCGUGGGUUUGGAUUUAAAGGGGGGGUGGAAGGUGGUUUCAUCCUCCUCUUCAACCCCCACCCCUGUACCAUCCCCUGGUUUACUCCAGCCAUGGGUUCACAAGGAAGGGGUCUGGACGUGAUGCUGGAGCUGGCUACGGAGGCGAGGGAGUUCCAACUGGCCGCCGAGAUCUACCAGCGGCAGCUGCGGGCCAGGCAGCAGCAGCAGGCGGGGGGCGACCCGGAGGAGAUCCGCUUGAGACGUGCCCGCUGCCUGGUGCUGGCGGAGAGGCUGAGCGAGGCGCUCCAGGAGUACCAGCUCCUGUCGGCUCAGGGCAGCCUGCGAGCCGAGCACCUGGGCGAACUGGUGGCUUACCUCGCCCGGAGCCUGAGGGUCAGUCAGGGCUGGGGAGAGGGCGAUCCUCCGGGCGUGGGCUUGCUGAGCUGCCGCUGCUGUACGGGCACCUUGUUCGAGCCGGUCACUCUCCGCUGCGGACACACUUACUGCAAAAACUGCUUGGAGAAGGAGCGGGACAGCGUAAGGGCUUGCUGCAAAGUUUGCAAGGAGAGAGUCCCCACGGCCGGACCCUACAGAGUCAACGUGGUCCUGAACAGUUUCUUAGGCAAAUACUUCGUGACGGAGACCAGAGCACUCGCCCUCCGACACGAAGGCAACAGCUUAUAUAAGAAAAACAAACCCCUGGCUGCCUUAGAGAAAUAUCAUCAAGCUAUUGUAUUAGCCCCCAAAGACCAUUUGCUGUUAAGCAACCGUGCACAGAUUAAUGCAAGUCUGAAAUGCUUUGAAGAUGCGCUGCGCGAUGGAACUGCUGCUUGUAUCAUCCAGCCUUUCUGGUCUAAAGGUCAUUUAAGAAAAGCACAAGCGCUAGCAGGUCUGCAGAAAAUGGACAAAGCUUUGAAGGAGUAUCUAAUUUGUAUUGCUUUAGAUUCAGAAAAUAAAACAGCAAAAAUGGAAGCCCAAAAGAUCCUGUGUGAUUUGCUUUCACCCAUUGCUGAAAAUAUACAUCAAAGAUUACCUGACAUAAUGCAGCUUAUGUCUCCACGAUCACGAAUUAAGGGAAUUGUCCUGAACUCGCUGAAUUCUAGAAAUCCGAGCAAUGUAUUUGAAAAUUCGUGCAAGGUAAAUGUCGAUACAACUGGCUUUGAAACCAAACAGGAAUGGAAGUCCCACUCCUACUGUAACUCAACAAAACCAGCUCAAGUAAUGAGUGAAAAUCAAGACACCUUGAAGAAUUUGUCCACAGAACCAGCCUUGAAGAUUUCUGAAAAGAAGAAUACUUUGAAAACAAAGCACAGUGCUUUUAAAGAAGAAGAACCUGGAACAACUGAAGGCUACACCAAAUGCAAUAAGCGAGCCAGGUCACAGAGUCCCAGGAGAGAACAAGAUACCUUACCAAAGCUUGUUGAUGCGUUUGACCUGGAGUGCUCCCUAUGUAUGAGGCUGUACUAUGAGCCCAUCACCACGCCAUGCGGGCACACAUUUUGUCUUAAGUGUGUUGAGCGGUGCAUAGAUCACAGUCCAAAAUGUCCUCUUUGUAAAGAGGUCUUACCUGAGUAUCAGGCGCUAAGAAAGUACAACCGAACUGUUCUAAUAGAAGAACUAAUUGUGCAUUACUUGCCUGAGGAACUUGCUGAACGGAAAAGAGUUAAUGAUGAGGAGAUGGCGGAACUGUCAAAUCUCAACAAAGCUGUGCCAAUAUUCAUCUGCACCAUGGCAUACCCCACUGUCCCAUGCCCACUGCACAUCUUUGAACCCCGUUAUCGGUUAAUGAUCCGGAGAUGCAUGGAGACUGGCAACAAACAGUUUGGAAUGUGCUUGAGUGAUCCAGUUAAAGGCUUUGCUGACUAUGGCUGUAUGCUGGAGGUCAGAAGUGUUGAGUUAUUUUCGGACGGUCGUUCAGUCGUGGACACUAUUGGCAGGAGAAGGUUUAAAGUGUUAAGACACAGUGAAAAGGACGGAUACAGCACUGCAGAUAUUGAAUACCUUGAAGAUAAAAAGGUAGAGGGAGAAAACUACACUGAGCUCGUUCGCCUACACGACCUUGUCUAUGAUCAGGCAUACUUGUGGUUCAGCUCACUCAAGCAAGUACUGAAGACUCGAAUUCUGAGCCACUUUGGACCAAUGCCAAGGAAGGAUACAGAUAUACAGGCCAGUCCCAAUGGCCCAGGCUGGUGUUGGUGGCUGCUCGCCGUGCUCCCACUUGAGAGUCGGGCUCAGCUUCCUUUCCUCGCCAUGACAACUCUUCAGGAACGCUUGAAUGGCAUUAGACGUGUGUUAUUGUUCAUGUCGCGCAACUCUGCACGGUGACUGAGUGACUGGUUUGGACCACAGCUCAUGUGUGCUGUGGUAGGAACCCCUGUUGGCUCCACAAUAGUGACGUUUUUUUCUACAUUCAUGUCUUAUCUGAAGCAGUCUGAUAAAAGGGGUAUCAUCUUUUGAAGGAUGUGCAUAGUCAGGGUGAUUUGAAGAGUGUUACUGAUAAUAUAAUCAAUUGACGGCAUUUAGUGCUAACACCUCAGUACCUUCUUUUGUGACUAUUUUUACAGCCUAAAUCCCAAUAAUGUCUUCUUUUGAGAAUGUAUAUUUUUGUUAAGUCAUAUGUAUAUUUAUGGAGCUACGGAAGUAUGAAAAAUAUUUAUGCAUUCUUAUGUACUCAGAAUUCAGUCUGGGGCUAAGCUAAAAUAUCUGUAAGGAACAUACACACUAUAAAAUAGAUUCAAAUGAUGAAAUGUUCUAAUGGACAUAGUGAGAGGAAUGUACUAUUUAUUUCUGGAAAACAAAUACACUGGGAAGUAAACAUUUUCAUGCAAUCUUUCUUUUUAGGGUGAAUCUUACAACUAUUUUGAUAAACAUAUGCUACACUCAAUAUUUCUCAAUACUCUUUGUAAGAUCCAGAUUCAAACUUUUCUCCCACUUCUGCCAUUCAUUGCAAAGAAUUAUGAACAAACUGAAGCCAAGGAGGUAGGCAGAUAAUUGUUUCACAAGAAACCUAACAGUAGUUCGUAGGCAGAGUCAGAAGUCACGCGACAUUAGGUGAUAAUUCAAGGUUUAUUUGAAAUCACAAGCUUUCAGAAUACUGCUCCUUCUCACUUCACAUGACAAAGGAGCAGCUCUUCAAAAGCUCGUGAUUUCAAAUAAACCUGUUGGACUACAACCUAGCGUUGUGUGACUUCUGACUUGGUCCACCACAGUUCAACACCGGCAUCUCCAUGUAGUAGUUUGUAGCUGUGAGGAGGCACACGAGAUGGCUGGAGUUGUCAAAUACCUUGAAUGUUCCUAUUUUCUCUCUCGUCUUACCCCCCCCUCCACCACAUGAAGCUGCAAAUCAGUGCCUCCUUGCAGUAACACAGCUGAGAUCAGGGAUUUCAAACUUUUCUCGCACUGCAGCACGGUGCUGUAACCCAUUGUGCCAUUCUGCCACCCACAAUUUCCUCUGGGUAAAAUGUAUUUAAAGCCUAAUGUUAAGUAGCAUUUAUAGUCAUAAGAAGCACUUGUCUUCCAUGGAUACCACUGUGUCCAGCACAAAAUACAAGAAUGGACCACUUAGUUUGGGGAUUUUUUUACUUGAAAGCAUGUUUGCACCUUGUCGGAUUUUGGAUUCCUGUUAUAUUAUCAGUAACAUUCAGUUUAACCUGAAAAUGUGCACAUUCCUUCUCAUGCGUUCUCAUAAAGCCAAAGCUAAAUAUAUUUAUUAUCUUAUUUUUGCAACAAUUCAUGUCAUAUGCACGCAGCACUCAGAGGUGUGCAAUAAUUUAACCUGCCUAUACCUAUAAAAUUUGUCACAUUUUUUGUGAAGUAUAAUGUCAUAAUCUUGAGUGAAACAUCAGGCUGGUAUACUACUGUGGAUUAGGGUAGAGUAGCAGAAUUCUGCUUUUUAAUACACAUUCUGACUAUAUGAAGUACUGUUUGUUGAGAACAUUAUGUAUGUUUUAAAAACACUGUAUUUGAAACGCGUAACUUUGUUUUGACCUCGUGAGUGUAAUUGUGGAAUUAAUUUUUAUCUAAACAUGAUCUUGACUGGUCGAUGCCCCUAGCCUUAAUAACUCUGUUAAUUGCAUUUCCGACAGUUAGCAAAACUGAACAAUGUUGAGUGCAUUUCAAUUGACCCCACACUCUUUCAUGCUUGAAUGUAACGUAUUGCUUCAGUGGGACACCUCAGAUAUGCUGUGAAGUAAUUCUGAUGGCCUACCUACUAACAAAAGGCUAGGGGUUUGGUACUGGCUGAUUCUGAGUGAUCUUAUGGUAACCUGUCUUACUUGCAUUAAGUGGGCUUAGUUUAAAAAUUUCUGAUUGAAACCAAGCCCCAAAUUAUUUACACAUGUGCCAUCUUAAGGUAACACCCAACCUGAAAACUAAAAAUUAAGAGGCACUGUUUACUGAUAUAAGAAACAAGGGACAAACAGAUUAGUGGUAGUCUCCACUGCAGCGGUUUCAUUGUAACUAUUCCCUCAUUUUGAUGUGGUGUCUUAGCAGUGUUUGGCGAGUAAGCACAACUUAGCAUAGAACUUCGAUAAAACAACUGUGCCUCUUUAAACUAUUUUUCUACUUAAAUUAUUCAUGCAUGUUAUUAAUAUUUCGGCUUAGUCUGUAUAAUCCAGCAUACUAUUCCCCUCACAAAGUCUUUCUUUUCUCACUAACUAAUGGUGUUUGUUUAACAUGAAGUGAAAGUUCUGAUUUGAUCACUUAGCAGUAUUUUCCUCUCCUUUGCAAUUGACCAGUUGUUGUAUUUAAACUGGAUAAUGAUGCAAAUGAAGACUUGAUGUCAAUAUCUAAAUUUCCAUCAAUUGGUGGAAGAAUUUUGUUAAACCACUUAUUCAGUGGAGUGAGGUGAAGACCAAUUUUGGUUUAUUAUCCUGUGUACAUGUUAACAUGUGAAGAUCAAAAGCAAUAGAGGUCAAAUACGAGGGACACAUCAAACUGAAGUACGUGCAUUGCAUUACAUACUAACAUAUAGUAACAUCAAUUUCCCAAUGCAUUUGUAAAUUAAGGAAUCCAUUUAAACUAUCUUAAGGCAGUUAUCCAAAAUGAAUAAAGUGUUGCAUUGCUCCAUUGUGUCAGAGGAGUAAAGGGACAAAAGUGGGGAUUUGGCAUGAGUCUAUUCUUCAAGAUCAUCCUUCGAUUAUAUCUUAACGUGGUCUACCUGGCUUAGUUCUGUAACUCUUAAUACUUUUGCCUGACAAAAUUCUACCAAUCUUGUUUUCUGUUGACCCCUUUCUUGGGGGAAAUGAUUUCCAGAUUUCCGCCAACUUUGAGUGAAGAAAUACAUCCAUUGAAUACCUCUGGCUCACUUGUAAGGCCAAUCCUGAUUUUGGACAUCCCAGCAGAGGAAACAGUUUAUCUAACAACUCCUUUUGAUCAUUUUUAAUCACCUCCAUUAAGUCACUGCUUAAUCUUCUUUAUUCAGAGAAAUACAUGGGUUGUCUGUGAAAUAUGUCUGAUAAUGGAACUUGACUAAGUCAGUACUACCGCUAGAUACUAUUAUUUUCACAAUGCUACCAAGAAGAUCAGCCCUCUGCUGAUUUCCUUAUGCAUGAAGAAAUCCUUUCAAAUUUGAAUGAUCCUUUCACUAGUUUUGACUAGUUCUGAUCUCUUGUUCUAGUUUUAGAUUUUCCCAAUUAAAAAUAUUUAAAACAACUUGCAUUUAUAUAACACCUUUACUAUAAACAUCCCAAAGUGUUUCAUGUGAACGUACCAAACAAAAUAUAACUGACAGACACAAGGAGAUAUUAGAACGUCAUUUGUCCGGAGAGGUUGAUGUUAAGCGGCUUUGAAAAGGAGGAGAGAGAAGAGGAAAGACUUAGAGGGGAAAUUUGAUAAAGUAUAUUACUUAUAUAUUUUUAUUUUCCAACCAUCCUGUUUUAAGAGCUCAGUUUUUCCAAUCUAUCCCUCACAUGGAAUGUACAACACCGAAACAGGCCUUCGGCAAACUAUUUGUGUUGGUGUUUGUAUUGUUUGAUGUCAGGGAUUAUUUUUGUUCAUUUUUCUAUAUUUCCUCCAUAGAUUGAGAUGUCGUCUGACUAGAGAAUGUAUUAUUUUAGCCAGGUAUCCUCUCACUUAUAUCUGACUGGUUGAGCGUUGCAACUAAGCGUUUGUUCUGAUUAUUGCUUCUCUUUGGUAAUUGUAAGCACUGAAUUUUUUUAACAGCCCCAAAUCUCUUUCCAAUUCACCUCUUACAACAUCCUUUGUGAUGCCUGUUUCUCCUUCCAAUACAGAGGACUUUACAUUUGUCGACAUUGAAUUUCAUGAACCAAAGCUACAUUAAUAAUGACUUGACCUGUUCAGUGCUGAAUUGAAGUGAACGUCAUCAUGUUUUACUAUUUCAUUUUGUGCCUUUACUUCCUUCCCCCAUCUACUUCAAGCGUCAUCCAAAUAGUUGAUCCUGAUAUUGGAGAGACUAAUGUGAAUUUGGAGUGAUUUCUUAUUUAUUCUCACACUGCAUUUAUUGCAACACUUCUGACUCUAUGACUUCAUUUUAUUUCUGGAACUCUGUCCCCCUUCAAGCUGUCAAAGCAGAGGGAACACUUGGAGCUUUCAAGAUUGAAAUCAGGAGACCUCAACAGAAAGGGAAUUGGAGUGAGGGUAGAUAAAAGGAGAUACAGAGGAUACACCAUCCAUGAUCUAACUGGAUUGCAGAGUAGUCUGGUGGUUCUCAAUGACCUUCUAACUGUAAAGGAAUGGCCAGAAUCUAGAUCAUCCUCCUGGGGAAUGUGCUUGAGACAGAUUCAAUCGAGGAAACCAAGAAUUGCAGGGCUACAGGGGCAAAGCAGGGGAAUGGGACUAGCUGAGUAGCUCUUACAGAGAAAAAUAAUGGGCCAAAUAGCCUCCUUCUAUGAUAUUGUCAUUCUUUGAUUGUAAUGAUAUUCUAUUUUUUCUGCAGUUAGUGGAAAAAAACAAAAGAGCAGAUGCCUCCUUGAAUUUCUGAGAUUUAGUGUAUCUUCAUUUUUGCAUUCUAUGUGAUAAUCGUACUGCUACUCCUGUGAAAUUAACUGAAGAGUUUGUUGAAUGUCUUUGUGUCCAUUGAUGUUAUUUAGUAACUAGUCACUAUGUUUCUUGUUUAUAUAAGUGGGAUACUUGAGAAACAAACGUUUAAAUAAACUAAGAAUUGAAAGUGCAA